GCUGACAGGGAACGAACCCCUGACCAUCCUCCCUCUGACCUCAGAAAUGGAGGAAGCUGCAGUCAAAGCCCACUACAAAGUCUGUGACCGCCUGAAGCUGGAGAAGAAGCAGCGCAGGAUGUGCCGGCGGGACCCUGGCGUGGCUGAGACCUUGAUGGAGGCGAUCAGCAUGAGUGCACUGGAGUGCCAGUACCAGUUUCGCUUCGAGCGCUGGAACUGCACCCUUGAGGGUCGCUACCGGGCCAGCUUGCUAAAACGAGGUUUUAAGGAGACAGCCUUCUUGUAUGCCAUCUCCUCCGCAGGGCUGACGCAUGCCAUGGCCAAGGCAUGCAGCGCAGGGCGGAUGGAGCGUUGCACCUGCGAUGAGGCCCCUGAUCUGGAGAACCGUGAGGCCUGGCAGUGGGGUGGCUGCGGUGACAACCUGAAAUACAGCAACAAGUUUGUCAAGGAGUUCCUGGGGAGGAAACCCAACAAGGACCUGCGAGCCAGGGUGGACUUCCACAAUAACCUUGUGGGCAUGAAGGUCAUCAAAGCUGGAGUGGAGACAACCUGUAAAUGCCAUGGUGUAUCUGGAUCCUGUACUGUCCGAACGUGCUGGAGGCAGCUCUCUCCAUUCCAUGAAAUAGGGAAGCAGCUGAAGCAGAAGUAUGAGACAUCGCUCAAAGUGGGCAGCACUACCAAUGAGGCCACAGGGGAAGGAGACAUCUCCCCACCCAAGAAGUCCAUCCCUGGUCACAGUGAUCAGAUCCCAAGGACUACGGAUCUUGUCUACAUUGACGAUUCCCCAAGUUUCUGUAUGAUGAGUAGAUACUCACCCGGGACUUCGGGAAGGAAAUGUUACAAAGACAAGAACUGUGACAGCAUCUGCUGUGGGCGAGGGCACAAUACGCAGAGUCGGGUGGUCACCCGUCCAUGCCAGUGCCAGGUCCGUUGGUGCUGCUAUGUGGAAUGCAAGCAAUGCACCCAGAGAGAAGAGGUUUAUACCUGCAAAGAUUGACGUGUCUUCUGCUCAAUGGCAACCCUUGGUGAUGGGUGAUGGCGAUCUAUGAGAACUGCAAAUGGAGACAAACAGGGUUUGAUUGACCUUCUGGGAUCUGAAAGCUAUGUUGAGACAUAAGCACUUUGUAGGGUACAGGUGACCCAGCUGUGUUGCUGUUUUGUUUUUGUUUUGUUUUGUUUUCCCGUAGACUGAGUUUUAAUGAGGUCCAACCAUGUGGAAAUAAGUGCCUGUCACACUGGGGUUAGACACCAGUUGACCUUCACUUUAGUCUACGCAGUUUGAUGGAUCAUUUAUCCUUGGAACAUCUUGAUCGUUCCACCAAUCCUCCAUGAAUUCCUGGGCUAAUAUAUUCUCUUCGGCAUAAAUAGCCUAUACUACUUUAUUCCUGAAGCUUACCCAACAACUUAG